UUCCGCGGAAAGGGUCCUUCUUUUCCGCGGAAUAAACUUUCCGAUAUCUGAUGUAAACAAUAACGUUAUUAACUUAUUUGCUGUGUCAUAAUGGGUGAGCUGAGGUCAGCUGAGGCCAGCAACAGUAGUUCAGGUUCUAAUGCUGCUGAUGAUACACCUAAACAGAUGUUGUCAAGGUUCUAUGCUCUACAAGAAGAAAGAGUUCAGACUUAUAAAAUGUUUGAAGAGGGAUUCCUGGCAUACUUGCAAGGUGCUCCUAAUUACAAUUUUCCGCUGUAUAGACAACUAGUUCAUGAGAUCACAGAGACCUUCAACAAGAUCUCUGCAGAUAUUCUCCACAUCAAAUCAACAUUUGCUGAAUGGAAUAAUUUACUGCCAAUAUCAGAGAUUAUAGGCAAGAUACAAGAUGCAGAGAAAAAUAAACUAGAACUUACUGCCAAGUUACAGUUAUGUCGACAGAAACUUCAGGAUGAAAAUAGCGAGACAGUUCAGAUAGAGUCGGAUGAAAUAAAACAACAACUUAAAGACAAUAGAGACUUCCUGGUUGAGCAGAUGGAAGAGUUGAAGUUCGAGUCAGAAGACCUUUAUUUAGAGGAUAAUGAGCCAGAGACUGUAGACUCGACCCUUAGUGCAGAGAGAUGACAAAAGGUUGCCUACAGUUAUGGAUAUGAAAUGGACUGUUCCAGAUGUGUUCUUUUCACACUAUUAAGUAGCAUGUACUUCUGUUACAAGUUCUGGAGUUCUUUAAUCAUUUAAAUUUGUUCUCAUGGGCUUACUACAAGUGCUUUAAUCAGGCCCUUGAUGAAUUUGUUCACAUUUGUUAAGUGAGUCUUUGGAUUGGUCCUGUAGGAAUUUAUUAAGAGAUUUUGGAUUAUAAGUGUUUCACUUGAGUCCUGGGGAAUUUAUCAAGAAAGUUUGGAUUGUAAGUAAUUCACUUGAUUCCUGGGGAAUUUGUCAAGAAAGUUUGGAUUUUAAGUGUUUCACUCGAGUCCUUGAGGAAUUUAUCAAGAGAGUUUGGAUUGUAAGUGUUUCACUUGAUUCCUGGGGAAUUUGUCAAGAAAGUUUGGAUUGUAAGUGUUUCACUUGAGUCCUGAGGAAUUUAUCAAGAAAGUUUGGAUUGUAAGUAAUUCACUUGAUUCCUGGGGAAUGUCAAGAAAGUUUGGAUUGUAAGUGUUUCACUUGAGUCCUUGAAUUUAUCAAAAGAUUUUGGAUUGCAAGUGUUUCACUCGGGUCCUAAAGGAACUGGUUCACAUUUGUUAAGUGUGUUUGGAUUGGUUUGGGAGAAUCUGGAUUGCAAGUGUUUUGCGCGAGUCUUGGAGGAAUUUGUUAAAGAGUUUGCAUUAUAAGUGUUUCACUUAGGUCUUUGAUGAAUUUGUUCACAUUUGUUAAGCAUAUCUUUCGAUUGUUUCUUUACUCAGGUCCUUCAGGAAUUUGAGAACAAAAAUUUGUUUAAAACAACAAAGUUCAAAUAUUUUUAUUAGACAUGUGGCUAGAGCUUUUACCGAAGUUUUAUUUAUUUGAAUGUUACCGUAAGAUUGUGAUGAAGAACUAUAGUGAAAGUUUUGUUCUUAAGUAUUUGUUAAAAAGUUGUUUAACAUUCCAGUUUAUACCAGAUUGUGAAACAACAUUUGUAUACUUAGUUAAUAAAGUGUAAAGUAUUA